GUUGUAGCUCAGCUUGUAGGAUGGCAAAAAAUCACGAAAAAGCGUAUGAUUUCGCAAAAUUUCAACACUGUUUUUUAAUACAACAUGCAGACGAUGGUAGCGAAGAGGAGGAAGGCAUUGCUUUUACGAUAAAAGUUAAAAACAAGUGCCUUAAAAGCUGGUAUGACUUUACUACGAAGAAAGGUCCCGAAGGCAAAUUAAAGUUAGUUGAUAUUAUCAAUCGUUUCUUGGCGGAACAGCAUGUAACCACCCUAAAGGAAAACUGUGUCAGGAUUGAAGAGCAUGCCAGAGCUUUGUCUUCCAUGGCAAAAAGUAAGUUGUUUGGGAAAUGUGGGCGACAGUAUACAUCUUGCUCAAACCUUUUCAGGCGCAUUGUUGUCAUGAAGAGUGAAUUAAUUCAAAGCCAGGAUUUAAACGAGACCAGGAAAACAAUGGAGCAACUUCAUGCCCAAACGACACAACUUUCUGAGCAAAAUAGGUGCAUAAAUGAACGAUGUGAGCAGUUAUCCGAAAGUUUGAAAACUCUUAAUGAUCAGAAAUGCAAAUCGGAAGAAGAGUUGGAAGAGCAAGUGAACAGAAAUGCAGAACUUGAGCAAAGUAACAAACAAUUACUUGAGCUGGUGACGAAGCUGGAGGAAUUGCAUGGAAAGGAUUUAGAUAAGAGGAGGAAAACAUUUACAGAAGUUGGACAAAGACAGCAGCACCGGAUUAUGACGGAAUUAAAGACGAAAGCAGAAAGGUCUUUAUGGUUCGCUAAAGCAUUUGGUUUGGAUGUAUCCUCUAUCAAAUUUGAAGAUGAGGCUGGUUUGCACCAUGAAGUAAAAUAUAGCUCACCUAGAGAGGGCACUUCCAAAUCUUACCAAAAGCUUAGCGAAGACGAAAAGGAUGUUAUAAAGCAGGUUACAUUUAUUACUGAUAGAUUCUGCAUUGGCGAGGCAGCAUACCACGAGUUAACAUUCGGAGAGUCAGGUGCAGAUUUACCACGAUCAUAUUUGAUAAAACAAUGCAAGCAGGAUUUAAACAAAUUGGUUCACAUUUCCAGAACACCAGGGCAGGCUGAAGGAGCACAACUGGAUUUUGAAAGUGAAUUGGCAGAUGUAUUAAGAAACAAGGUGGGUUAAUUUAUCAAUGCAUAUGAACUAAGCUUUGAAAUUUAUUGAGUUUAUUGAAUCAUUUUGAUUUAUCUCUUGAAAUUUAAUUCUAGAUUCAAAAAGGUGAAAUCCAAGUGGAAAAUGGUGAGAAAGUCAGGGUGAAAAUUAGUGGGGAUGGAGCCAACAUGACUCGCAAGACUUCAUUUGUUGUCAUUUCUUUUUCUGUUAUUGAUAGUGAUGAUGUAAUGUCAUCAAAAGGUUAGUACAAUUUUGUUACUACAAUUUCAUUCCAACAUUUGGUUCCAACUAGUUGUCCUACAUGUCCUGGUCAUUAUUUUGGUAAUAUAAAAUAUAAUAUCAUAGCUAUCUCGAAUUCCUUUGUUUGGCGAGGGACGAUUAAUGACUAAUUUACCUCAUUGCUAAAGCAUGAGGGACGAUUAGAAAUUAAUCACUCCAUGGGACGAUUAGUUACUCAUCGUCCCUCAUCUUUAUGCAUAACCUCUUAUAUUGAUGUUCAAUUAAAUAUUUAACAGACAUGAAAAAUCAACCGUAACCUCAUUAUCGAACAUCCCAAUAGUCAUUAGUAUCAAAAAGCAAGCACACCUUUUCAUUUCAACUUAUUCAAUCGAAGGAAACCGUUUUAUUGUCUCGGUAGCUAUGAUAUUACAAAGUGAUAGCAUGGCAUUACGGUCGAUUAGUGAUGAAAUGUCCCUCAAGACUCGAGAGGUUUAUUAAAAGUCCCCUGGACGCUGUGCGCCUCGGGGCUUUUACUAAACCUCUCUCGGCUUUCGGGUACAUUUAAUCACUAAUCGCUCUGAAUGCCAUGCUAUAUUACUUAUAAUUAAUAUUGCACCUUUUAUUAAUUUAUAGGCAACCACACAGUUGCUGUUAUUAAAGGGCAAGAAAGUUAUGAGCUUCUGAAGUGCUCUUGCUCUGAGUUAUUCAAAUCAAUCAACAAAAUUACCAGAGAGGGAAAAAUUAAAGUAGACGAUCAGGAUGUAAUGGUGGAUAUGUUUCUUGGGGGUGAUUAUAAAGUAAUAAUUAAUUUUCAUACAUCUGUACAUUAAAUUUACAAAUUCAGAGAAUGGUAAUUUUGAUUAUUGAAUUUUCAGUUUCUAUUGGAAAUAUGCGGCAUGAAAGGGGCCACAUCUGACCAUUCUUGCAUUUGGUGCAAACUUCACAAAAAGCACAGGUAAUCUGUUAAAAAUGGCGCAGAUAAAACAUGCGGUUAGAAAUAUAUCUAUAUUCUUGAGUUUCAGUACGGCAUUUUGCAGUGAAUCUGACGGGGGGUCAACCUAAAAUGUGUUGAUGCUUAUGUUGUACUGGAGUGAGCAAAUGAUAGGAAAUUGCAUGUAUUUGCCACCAAACACAAGGCCAACACAUACAGUGAACAAUUAAUUCAUUCUGAUGACUAUGUCUCGAUUUAAAGUUGACCCCCCCCCCCGGUCAAAUUUAUGAAGUCAUAUGAAACCCAAGAAUAUGUUACUUCAGUUCUUCAACAAUUUAUGUUAACUUUUAUUACCUUAGACAUGACAUGACGAAACCUGAAAAUUAUUGUUGGGAAAUUCCUUUGGUGAGAUCCCUGGAAGAUAUUAUUGAAUGCGUUAGAAAACAAACGUACUCUUGUGUGCAUCCGCCUUUGUUGAACAUUGGACUGCGGAACAUUGUCCCUGAUGAAUUGCACUUGAUGCUUCGAGUCACUGGUAAUAAUGAGUAAUAUUAAAUUAACUUAUCUGGAAACACUAUAUCUUUGGUAUUAGUAUGUUUCCACACAAUUUUCCAUUUGUCUUACUUUUCAUUUUCAAACUAAAUUGUUUAAUAAUCAGUGUGUAAACAAACCUCUGUGUGUAAACAAAGAGACCACAGGUUUAGGAUUAAAGUUAAUAUUUAUAUAACUUAUUUAAUAGAUAAUUGAUUUAUUCCGACACUGCAUGAACUGCGAAGAUGAGGUUUAAAUUAUAGUAACUGUACUACAUAAUUUAAAUUUAUAUUGGCACUUAUACAUAAUUUAAAUUUAUAUUGGCAGAUGUUUUGCUGAACAACUUGAUAUUAGGAGCACUGUCUUUAGAUGGAAAAGACAACCACAAUAAGCCUCCUAAUCAGAGAAUGACUGGGCAUAUAGAUGCUCUUUUAUGUGCAAUAAGAAGUUGUGGUGUGUCUUUCUCAAUAUGGGAGAAAAUGAAUGCUAAUGGUAGUGGGAGUGGAACAUAUGAUUUUACAAGUCUAAUGGGUCCAGAUAAGAGAUUACUUCUUGAAAAGCUUGCAAAAAAUUUGUAAAUCAAUCCAGAUGCUGUUGAUCAAAAUAUCCAACAUAGUGUUAUUAAACUAUGGAAUGUAAGUUUUUUUUAAUUAAUUAUAAUAACUUUUAAUACUGUAGCACUUCACACUGAAUAUUGUCAGACAAAUUGUAGUGUUUCCCGUUUAGCCAAUUAUCUGGAAUUUUAACAAGCCUUUUAGACUUGUUUCAUUAUAUUUUAUUUAGGACUUCAAUGAUCUUUGCCUCAUACUAACAUCAAAAAGCAUCGAUGCCGCUAAAGUUGAUGAAUACUUUCAGAAGGUAUGGUAUUAAAUAUUCUAAAUAAUAUGCCUGAUAUCAAACAAACCUUUACAAUUGAUAAGAUCCAGUGAUGUAAUUGUACAUUGUUUUAGUAAUUUGUAUUCAUCCUGCUAAUUUCUUUUAUCCUAAUGGCAGCAUUUUUUUUCAUUUCUUAGGCAAAAUCAUGGGUCCAGCUUUUUAUAUCACUGGAAGGAAUAGGUGAUGGUUAUAGUAAGAAAAAAGUAACACCAUAUAUGCAUCUAAUGGUCUAUCAUAUCCCAUACUUUAUGAGAGAGCAUUCAGGAAUAAGGAAAUUCAGUGGCCAAGGUACGGUAGUAACUAAAUACUUUCAUGACAAAUUUUUAUAUAUAUACUUAAAAAACUCAUUAAUAAUUCAGGAGCAAAACACAAAGAAAAAUAAUAAGCGUGUCGUGGUUUUAUAUGUGAUAUAAAAUCAUGUUAAUUUACAUAAACUUUAGCUUUGAUUUUCUCGGUUUAGACAAAGUUUAUUUUAAAACUUACUUCGCCAAUGAACUCGUAUAAGAUGAGUCGUUUUUUAAGCCAUUUAAAGCACUUGUAGUCGUGUUUUAUCACAUAUAAUACACUCCGCUACGCGUCGUGUUUUAUAUGUGAUAAAACACUCCUACGCGUGCUUUAAAUAGUACAUAUAUAUAUAUAUAUAUAUAUAUAUAUAUAUAUAUAUAUAUAUAUAUAUAUAUAUACCAAAUAUGUAUUUAGAAUCAUAUAUGAGUAGAGUGCUCGAUAUACCGAAGUAUAGAGCUAAUAUAGAUAAAGAUAAAAUAAACUUGGUUUACUUCAUAAGAUUUAUUCACAUCUUUAUUCACAUCUUUGAUUUAUUCAAAUCUUAUGAAGUAAACCAAGUUUAUUUUAUCUUUAUCUAUAUAUAUAUAUAUAUAUAUAUAUAUAUAUAUAUAUAUAUAUAUAUAUAUAUAUAUAUAUAUAUAUAUAUAUAUAUAUAUAUAUAUAUAUAUAUAUAUAUAUAUAUAUAUAUAGAUAAAGAUAAAAUAAACCUGGUUUACUUCAUAAGAUUUAUUCACUACAAACUUGUUUCGUAUGACAAGCAAUGCUUGCCACACUCAUCAGGUGGAUUUAAAUUCACCUGAUGAGUGUGGCAAGCAUUGCUUGUCAUACGAAACAAGUUUGUAGUGAAUAAAUCUUAUGAAGUAAACCAGGUUUAUUUUAUCUUUAUCUAUAUAUAUAUACAUAUAUAUAUAUAUAUAUAUAUAUAUAUAUAUAUAUAUAUAUAUAUAUAUAUAUAUAUAUAUAUAUAUAUAUAUAUAUAUAUGCAUAACAAUUAACAAAGAAAUCAAGAUUCUUGUUUUGUUUUCUGAUGCGGUCAAUUAUUUUUAACAAUGCAUCUUAGGAGUAGAGAAAAACAACGACGACUGCAGAAAGACUCACCUUUUAAAGUCUAACAAGUGGGAUGCUGCAAAAGAUGUCCUCCUUGCAAGCAAACGCCUCGAAAACUUGGAGGAAUUUAGGAGAACAUCAAGGCCAUACACUAAGAGAAAUGCUGAAUACUGGUCAACAACAAUAAAAGAGAGCAGGGCAGCACGACGGGAAAAUAUGAAAACCCCUGAAAAUAAUGGCCAUACUCAAGACAAUGGGUUGGAUGCUGUACACACUAUGAGUCCGCUUGAGAUUUGGGUUAAGAAAUGGGUUACCCAACUAGAGCACGGAAUAUAA